ACUGGAUAGAUAACGCGGCUGAGCACGGAACGGCCGAGUUGGUGUCGCUAUAAAAGAGGCACGCGGACCCUGGCAGCGAUAUAGACGUUCCACGCCGUGAUUCCGCGCCGCUUAUACGUACCCGCCACGAGCUUGCAAGCAUGAUCCGAGCAGAGGUGUACGGGCUGCUGCUGUGCGCGCAGCUGAUGCUGUGGACGUGCGCGCCAUCCGCCGCCGAGCCGCUGCCGGCGCCGAACAACGAGGCGUCCGGAGCGAAGAAGCCGAUUACACUGGACGACGUGCUGAUGAACGCCCUCGGAAGCGACUCGUUCAACGGCAGUUGGAUGUCCGACACGGAGAUCUUCUACAGGGUCGACCAGUUCCUGGUCAAGUUGGACGUGACCACGCAGAAGACCCAACAAAUCGCGAAGAACGCUCUGUUCGAGGAGCUCGGCCUGGAGUUCUUCACCUCGCCCGACAACAACUACGUGCUCGUACGCAACGUCACGCAGAACGUCUACAGGCACUCGGCUUUGAGUAUAUACAGCAUUUACAGCAUCGAGUCCAAGACAGUGACUGCCUUGGCCGACGGUCAGCUAUUGUCCACGGCGUUCUGGGCGCCGCAGGGCAGCGCCUUGGCGUACGUCUUGAACAACGACGUCUAUUACCACCAGGUGAGCGGCAAAGAGCAGGAGACGCGCCGACUGACGUUCGACGGCAAGCCGCAGGUCGUUUACAACGGAAUGCCCGACUGGGUGUACGAAGAGGAAGUUUACGGCACCGACCGAGCGAUGUGGUUCUCGACGAAUGGCGAGCACCUAGCCUUCGCCACGUUCAAUGACAGCCAAGUUCCCGAACUGGUGAUUACGAGGUACGGCGAGCCCGGCAGCUUGAAAGAUCAAUACCCCAAGGAGAAGAGGUUCAAAUAUCCGAAGGCAGGGAGGACGAACCCGCAAGUCACGCUCAACGUGAUAGAUUUAACGGAUCAUGGCUCGAAGCUGAUCUCUUUAAAACCUCCCGUCGACAUUGUUGGCUCGGAGUGCAUCCUGUUCGCGGUCACAUGGUUCGACGCCAAGACCGUGGCGGCCACCUGGACGAACAGAGUGCAGAACUUGUCGCAGCUCGUCAGUUAUUCGCUGACCGGUCAACUGCAGCCUCUCUUGGUUCAAAAAUCCCAGGGCGGCUGGUUGCUCAACACAGCCCAGGCGCCCAUUCACCACGACAGCUACGUGUUUCUUCACAAGCUGCAGUCCGUCACGAACGCCAGCCUGGGCUUGUUCAACCACGCGACCCGCUUCAGGCUUCUCAACGGCGUCCUCGACCACGAGACCGACCUGACGCCCGGCGAGUUUUGGGUGCACGACAUCCAUGGCGUCAACGAGGCGAAGCGAGCGCUCUACGUGACGGCCAGUCCCCCGGGCGAGCCUUCUCAGAAGCACUUGUACGAGAUCGGUCUGGCGAAGGAGUCGCCGGAGCAGCCCAAGUGUAUUACCUGCCAGUUCAAGUCACCCGAAGGGAACGCGUGCAGGUACGCCAACUCGAUAAGCUUCUCGACGAACCUGUCGCACUAUGUGCUGACGUGCGCCGGCCCGGACCCCGCCACGAUUCGGGUGUACGACCUCGACGGCAGCCACGAGUUGUACACGUGGUCGAGGAACGAUCGACUCAGGGAGGUGUUGGCCACGCGGAUAAUGCCCAAGCAAAUGGACCUGUACAUCGAGUCGCACGGGUUCGACGCCAAAGUCAGGAUGCUCGUGCCCCCGGACCUCGACAAGUCCAAGAAAUACCCUAUGCUCAUCAACGUGUACGCCGGUCCCAGCUCUCAGGCGAUCAUCGACAACUUCGCCCUCGGCUUGGACGCCUACCUGUCGACCAGCAGGAACGUGAUAUACGCCUGGAUAGACGGACGCGGCAGCUCCACCCGGGGCACCAGCAUGAUGUACGCGGUUUACCGGCAGCUGGGGAGCGCCGAGAUGGAAGAUCAACUCGAGGUUGCCAAGAAAUUGCAGCACAAAUUCCCGUGGAUCGACAGCAACAAGACCGCUCUUUGGGGCUGGAGUUACGGCGGAUAUUCCACGGUUAGCGUACUCACUAAGGACGACGACAACGUAUUCAGUUGUGGACUGGCCGUGGCGCCAGUCACUAAUUGGAUUUAUUACGACUCGAUCUACACCGAGAGGUACAUGGCUCUGCCGACAGCCGACGACAAUUUAAAGGGCUACGAAUCGAGUAGCGUGGUCGUUGCGGAUCGCGUGAAAAAGUUGAAAGGCAAGAAAUUCCUGCUGAUCCAUGGCACGGGUGACGACAACGUGCACUACCAACAGUCGAUGGCUCUGACCAAAGCCCUUGCCGAAACCGACAUAUUGUACAAUCAAGACUUUUAUGCCGAUGAGGUGCAUUCCCUAAGCCACGUCGGCCUACACCUUGUUCACACGAUAGACAAAUUCUGGUCCGAAUGCUUGGGCUACCACGUGGAUGAGGAGCGCAGGAGGAGAAGAAGAAGUGUCUGAGAACUUGCAUAAAUUGUUACCUUCAAGCAUGGAGAGACGAGAUAGCAAAUAAGUGUGCAUUUAAAAGAAAUUAUACUUGUAAAUUUACGUGCGAUCUAGAUUAUUCAUGUAUAUUAUGUCCGUGAAAAUUUGACGAAUCGAUCCAUGCAAAUAAAUCAGUCUCGAUUUUA